GCUGAAGGAGUACGUAGAGAAUCGCUGGCAGUCAGUGAGCGGAUUGCGGGUGGCGAGAUAGAAUUGUUUUCCCUCCCAUUUAACGGGACCAUGCUCUCGAAGCACACAUACGAAUCGCGACGGUCUAGACAGACGAACCUGAUCUCCUUAUAAAUAUUUGCAUAGCCCUAGCUAGGUUUUUUGGUUAGUCACACGUUGUAAUAUAAACACGGUGCAUUUAUUUAUUUAUGUAUAUAUGCACCUAUUGUGAUUUUUUUUUUUUUUUUUUACUGUGCACAGGCGAAACAUAUUUUACUUCUGCGUAAUCAAUUUUGAGCUCGAGCUGCGAAGUGUGAAUGGUUUCUACUCAUUGCUGUUUUAAAGAGGAGAUUGCCAUGCUAACGAGGUGCAUGCAGCGAUCCUGAUAGACCUGAUAGGAAGAACACACGCCAUCCCUGAGUGCAUCAAAAGCAGACAGAGGCACAGAGGAAAAGACAUCUAAUCUUCACCUCCUGCUCAGCACACAUUCAAAGCCACUCCCCACAGUGUAUGAAGUCUAGCGCUGCACAAAUUACAAAUGAACAAUUCAGUUUAAUCACAGCCAUACACCUGCUCUCAAGGUCAUCCCUCACCUCUGGAUUCUAACCCACCUCAGGUGUGUGCAGGUAGACAGGGACAGGUAGCAUGGCAGGUAGGACAGCGUCCUCCUGCGUGCUCAGCCAGCUGUGCUUGGGCCUGCUCCUUUCAUCGGUGGGCUGGUUGCCGGUACAGGCCAAUGAGUGUCCUCAGCUGUGUGUGUGUGAAGUCAGACCGUGGUUCACCCCCCAGUCCACCUACAGAGAGGCUACCACUGUGGACUGCAAUGACCUGCGAUUGACGCGAAUCCCCACUAACCUGUCCAGUGACACCCAGGUGCUCCUGCUGCAGAGCAACUACAUUGCCAGGACCAGCGAGGAGCUGGAGCAGCUCUUCAACCUGACUGAGUUGGACCUGUCCCAGAACAACUUCAGCAGCAUCCGGGACGUGGGUUUAACUAACAUGUCCCAGCUGACCACGCUGCACCUGGAGGAGAACCAGAUCACCGAGAUGUCUGACCACUGCCUACAGGAUCUUACCAACCUGCAGGAGCUCUACAUUAACCACAACCAGAUCAACUCCAUAUCUCCCAAUGCCUUCUCUGGCCUGGGCAAUCUGCUCCGGCUCCACCUCAACUCCAACAGGCUGAGGAUCAUUGACAGCCGUUGGUUCGAAUCUACGCCGAACCUUGAGAUCCUCAUGAUUGGGGAGAACCCUGUUAUCGGGAUUCUUGACCUUAACUUCAAGCCUCUGGUUAACCUCAGGAGCUUGGUGCUGGCUGGGAUGGACUUGACCGAUGUUCCCGGAAAUGCAUUUGUGGGAUUGGACAACCUGGAAAGCCUCUCCUUUUAUGACAACAAGUUAAUUAGAGUGCCGCAGCUCGCCCUGCAAAAAGUUCCAAACUUGAAAUUCUUAGAUUUAAACAAGAACCCGGUACACAAAAUUCAGGAAGGGGACUUUAGGAACAUGCUGAGGCUGAAGGAGCUUGGUGUGAACAAUAUGGCGGAGCUGGUCUCCAUCGAUCGCUAUGCGCUUGACAACCUCCCGGAGCUGACUAAACUGGAGGCCACAAACAACCCCAAGCUGUCCUUCAUUAACCGGCUGGCUUUCCGGGACGUCCCAUCUCUGGAGAGCCUCAUGCUGAACAACAACGCUCUGACCGCCCUCUACCAGAGGACAGUUGAGUCAUUGCCCAACCUGCGGGAGAUCAGCAUCCACAGCAACCCGCUGCGCUGCGACUGUGUCAUCCAGUGGAUGAACUCCAACAAGACCAGCAUCCGCUUCAUGGAGCCCCUCUCCAUGUUCUGCGCCACGCCGCCUGAGUUCCGGGGCCGGCAUGUGAGAGAGGUGCUGUUGCAGGUGACCGCCCGGCAGUGCCUGCCCAUGAUCUCCCAGGACACCUUCCCCAGCCACCUCAGCCUGGAUAUUGGCAUGACCUUUGACCUCGACUGCCGUGCUGCAGCUGAACCUGAGCCAGAGAUCUACUGGGUUACGCCACUGGGGAACAAGGUCACGGAGGACACCUUAUCUGACAAGUACCAACUGAACAGCGAGGGAACCCUGCGUGUCUCUCAUGUACAGGUGGAGGAUUCAGGACGGUACACCUGUGUGGCCCAGAACACAGAGGGUGCCGACACACGGGUGACCACCAUCCGGGUCAAUGGGACGCUACUGGAUGGGGCCCAACUCAUGAAGAUCUCUGUCAAGCAGACAGAGACCCACUCUAUCCUUGUUUCUUGGAAGGUCAACUCCAAUGUCAUGACUUCCAACCUGAAGUGGUCAUCUGCCACCAUGAAGAUUGAUAACCCUCACAUCACAUACACUGCCCGGGUCCCCGUAGAUGUCCAUGAGUACAACCUCACACACCUACAGCCAGCCACUGAGUACGAGGUGUGCCUCACCGUGUCCAACGUUCACCAGCAGACACAGAGGUCCUGCGUCAAUGUCACCACCAAGAAUGCAGCGUUUGCCUUGGAGAUCUCCGACCAGGGUACCAGCACUGCCCUAGCUGCUGUCAUGGGCACAAUGUUUGCUAUCAUCAGCCUGGCUUCCGUUGCGGUCUACAUUGGAAAACGGUUAAAGAGGAAGAACUACCAUCAUUCUUUAAAGAAGUACAUGCAGAAAACUUCCUCCAUCCCCCUGAACGAGCUCUACCCUCCCCUCAUUAACCUGUGGGAGGCAGAUAGUGAGAAGGACAAGGAGGGUGCUUCAGAGACCAAGCCCACCCAGGUCGACACAACAAGAAGCUACUAUAUGUGGUGA